GCUCCUGAGCCUCCCGUGCCUGCCCGCCCGCCGGGCACACAAACAGGCAGGCGCUCGGGGGGCGCGCGGGGGGGAGUUCCGGUUCCGGUUCUUUGUGCAGCUGCCUCGGCGGCUCCGGGAAGAUGGCGGCCCGGGCGGGUUUCCAGUCUGUGGCACCGAGCGGCGGGGCCGGAGCCUCAGGAGGGGCGGGCGCGGCAGCUGCUCUGGGCCCGGGCGGAACUCCCGGGCCUCCGGUGAGAAUGGGUCCGGCGCCGGGUCAGGGGCUGUACCGUUCCCCGAUGCCCGGGGCGGCCUAUCCGAGACCAGGUAUGCUGCCAGGAAGCCGAAUGACACCUCAGGGACCUUCCAUGGGACCUCCUGGCUAUGGGGGAAACCCUUCAGUCCGACCUGGCCUGGCUCAGUCCGGGAUGGACCAGUCCCGCAAGAGACCUGCACCUCAGCAGAUCCAGCAGGUCCAGCAGCAGGCGGUCCAGAAUCGAAACCACAAUGCAAAGAAAAAGAAGAUGGCUGACAAAAUUCUACCUCAAAGGAUUCGUGAACUGGUACCAGAAUCCCAGGCCUAUAUGGACCUCUUGGCUUUUGAAAGGAAACUGGACCAGACUAUCAUGAGGAAACGGCUAGAUAUCCAGGAGGCCUUGAAACGUCCUAUCAAGCAAAAACGGAAGCUUCGUAUUUUCAUUUCUAACACUUUCAAUCCGGCCAAGUCAGAUGCCGAAGAUGGGGAAGGGACCGUGGCUUCCUGGGAGCUUCGGGUAGAAGGACGGCUCCUGGAGGAUUCAGCCUUGUCCAAAUAUGAUGCCACCAAACAAAAGAGGAAGUUUUCUUCCUUUUUUAAGUCCUUGGUGAUCGAAUUAGACAAAGACCUGUAUGGACCAGACAACCAUCUGGUAGAAUGGCACAGGACCGCCACUACCCAGGAGACUGAUGGCUUCCAGGUGAAGCGGCCAGGAGAUGUGAAUGUACGGUGUACUGUCCUACUGAUGCUGGAUUACCAGCCUCCCCAGUUUAAAUUAGACCCUCGCCUGGCUCGGCUCCUGGGCAUCCAUACACAAACUCGUCCAGUGAUCAUCCAAGCACUCUGGCAGUAUAUCAAGACACAUAAGCUCCAGGACCCUCAUGAACGAGAAUUUGUCAUCUGUGACAAGUACCUCCAACAGAUCUUUGAAUCUCAACGUAUGAAGUUUUCAGAGAUCCCUCAACGGCUUCAUGCCUUGCUUAUGCCACCAGAACCCAUCAUUAUUAACCAUGUCAUCAGUGUUGACCCAAAUGACCAGAAAAAGACAGCUUGUUAUGAUAUUGAUGUGGAAGUAGAUGAUACCUUGAAGACCCAGAUGAAUUCUUUUCUGCUGUCUACUGCCAGCCAACAGGAGAUCGCUACUCUAGACAACAAGAUUCAUGAGACUAUAGAAACUAUCAACCAGCUGAAGACCCAACGGGAGUUCAUGCUGAGUUUUGCCAGAGAUCCUCAAGGUUUCAUCAAUGACUGGCUUCAGUCCCAGUGCCGAGACCUCAAGACCAUGACUGAUGUGGUGGGUAACCCAGAGGAGGAGCGCCGUGCUGAGUUCUACUUCCAACCUUGGGCGCAGGAGGCUGUGUGCCGAUACUUCUACUCCAAGGUGCAGCAGAGACGACAAGAAUUAGAGCAAGCCUUGGGAAUCCGGAAUACCUAGGGCUUCUUCAGCCCUGAUUUGGCUGCACCAGUUAUUUAGGCCCUGUGCUGCGUGCCUCAUAGCACCUGCCUUGGUUUUGCUCGGGGCCUUCCCGGGGAUGCUGUUGGUUCAAGGAAACACCAGAAUGAAGAGGGUCUCACACUUCUGUCUCACAAGACACCUAUUAUCCUCUUCUCCCACCCCAUCCCUUCCCAUCCCCCCAGCUCCCAUUUGCCCCACGAAGUUUCCAUGUGCCUCUACCCUCCCUGGUCUACAUAGGACCUCUAGAUAGUGAUAGAGACCCCAUAGUGGUAAUCAGUGCUCUGGAAUGGGGCUAAGGCCAGAUGGUCUUCAAGAAGACCAGCUGCAUGGAUCCUGCCCUUCAGAGACCCAGGAGUUGGGAGCUAUAGCUCUUCCUCUGAGACUCAGGCCUGGGGGUGCUCUAUAAGCUAGUUGAUCUUGGCCCUCCUGAUAACAAUUGAGUUUCCUUCCUUCCCUGCACAGGUUUGGAGCAAACUCUCCCUUUAUGUAUUGUUCUCUAGCACUAAGGGAACCCUGACUCUUGGGCUCCUCUGAGCCCCAGGUCAGUCCCCACCCUCUGGGCUGGCCUGCUGUCAGUGCUUUCGGCUCCUUUUAGCAGGAGUCCAUGUCAGUAUUGGAGUUUGUUCUGAACUGUUGCUCCCUCCUCCACACCUCUGUAGCUACCCUUUGUAGAAUGUCCUCACAUCUCCCCUAACCCACAGCGUUUGGGUGGGGAUCUUGCCUUUCCCUGUCCAAGCCCAGGACUUCCCUGGGCAACUGUCAUUGCCAGCAGAGGCUGUUCUUCCUGCUGUUGCUGUGAGGAGUGACUCCAUUCACUCCACCCUGCCCACUCCCUAAUGGAGACACAGGCCUAGAAUCAAACGGGUAAAGCCCUGGGCCAUCCCUGUCUUCCUGUCCCCUGUCUGCCCUGUUGAUACCCUCUGGUGACUUCUAGGGCAUUGAGGAGUGAAAGCGCCUAGGGCUAGAGAAUAGCUGAGAUGGGUUUGUGACUCUCCCCUUCCCUGCCUCACAGGUUUGUGACUCCCCGUCCCUGCCCUCAAAGCUUCAGACCCCUCAGGUAGCAAGACCUUGUGAUCCUGGCCUCUUGGAACAAAGAUGGCUUUGCAUCUUUCCAGGAGCGCCUCAGAAUCUUCCAGGUUGUAUCACUGCGUCCCCCCCCACCCCCAGUUAGCAUAUCCCAGGCUCGCAGACAACAUAGCAGGGUGGGAGACAGCUGGGCAGAGGGGGAUUCCGUUCAGCAUGGGCUCUGAACCAGAACUGACAAAGCCCCUGCUUCCCCACCCCUCCUCAGGCUCCUGCGAGCACAUCCCCCACCCCUUCAUCCCUGCGUGGUCUACACUGCACACUUCCCCCUCCUGCCAUAUACCCACUCCUCCCUCAAAAGGUUCUCCCCCACAGUGACACUGGACAGCCCCGGGACAGCCGAGCCCGGCCUGGCUCCUAGCUGGAACCAUGAGGAGGAAGCUCAGCACUCCUACAGUGUCCCUGUUGAUGAUAACUGUUUUUAUUAACUGAAUUAUUAUGUUUUUUUCUCAUGGACCAAAAUUUUUUUUGUACUAUCCCCUUAUCGAUGUCACCCAGUUUUAAUAAAAGGAUCUUCUGAA